UCAAAAAUAAUAAUAAUAAUAAUAAAUGACUGAUGAUGAGUUGAUUAGGGAAAAUGAAGCAUUGGCAACAGAAGCUCCUCUUGCACCGGUCACUUCAAAGAGAAAGGUCAAUGAACACUUGGAAAUUUUACUUCCAAAGCCAUAUUUGGCGAGAGCAUUGGUUGCUCCUGAUAUGGAGCAUUCAGCAGGAACGGUAGGCCACAAACACAAAGACCAGAGUGUUCUCCAGCAACAUGUGGCGUUCUUUGAUCAAGAUCACAAUGGAAUAAUUUAUCCUCGGGAAACUUUUGCUGGAUUACGUGCCAUUGGACUCGAUCCAGUUAUCUCCUUUAUUGCAUCCACCCUUAUCCAUCUAGCUUUCAGUUAUCCAACUCUUGAUGGGUGGGUCCCUUCUCCUACUCUUCCCAUCUACAUUCGCAACAUUCACAGAGCCAAGCAUGGAAGCGAUUCUGGCACAUACGACACUGAGGGAAGGUUUAUGCCGGUGAAUCUUGAGAAUAUAUUUAGCAAGUAUGCUGAAAAAGUGCCUGAUAAAUUAACACUCGGAGAGCUCUGGAACAUGACCGAGGCCAAUCGCGUUUCAUAUGAUCUCUUUGGCUGGAUUGCAUCGAAGCUGAAAUGGGGACUUGUGUAUUAUUUGGCAAAAGAUGAACACGGAUUUCUGUCUAAAGAAGAUGUUAGGAGCCUUUUUGAUGGAAGUUUGUUCGAGACUUUAGCGAAGAAGCGCUCCGGUGGUGGAGUGAAGUGAAGAUGGGAUAAGUAGGCAAUGUUAUGUGCUCACCAGUCACUGUUGUUGCCUGUUGUUUCAUGCGAUGAGAAAUUUAAUAAAUAAUUAGCGUUUCUUAUUGUUUGUUGUUGUUAUAGUUAAUAUCAUGUAUUAUC